AGACUAGAAGAUGCAGUUAAGGGAGAGCUUGAAAAGAUUUUCCUAGAUAAGGUCAUCUCGAAUUCGGGACUCUGCGUUUCUGUCUAUGAUAUUGAUAUAGAUGGCAUUAAAGAUGUCUUCAUCUUACCAAACGAUGGUCAUCCAAUUCUAAAGGUGAAGUUCACACUGAUUAUGUUUCGUCCAUUUGUGGGAGAGAUAAUUACUGCAAAAGUCAUAGACUCUACUGCUGAUGGUUUACGUUUGUCACUGGGAUUUUUUUAUGAUAUUUAUGUACCUAUUCAUCGUUUUCCUACACCAUUCUUCAAGAAGGGUGACUCAAAAAAGAAUGUUGUGUUAUGGUAUUGGAAGCCUUCUGAUUCUGAUGAAGAAUCAAUUGAUUUGAAGGACAAGGUACGAUUCCAGGUUGAAAGUGUGAACCAUCCUAAAAUUCCAAUUGAACAGCCAGAAAACUCAAAACCAUUUGCCCCUAUGGAGGUUAAAGGGGCGAUUGAUUUUGAUGGUUUAGGGCCUGUUCUUUGGUGGAAAGAUGUUGAAGAAGCUUAAGCUCACUUUAGCAAAGGCAAGCUAGUUAAUUACAAUUCCCUGUAAUUGUGCUGAGACAACUUUGGUAGAACAUGUAAAUUCUUAAUUGUAGAUGUACCCUAAACCAUUGAGUUUCUGAUUCAAAAGGAGUCUUAUUUUUCAUUA